UUACUUGCACUCUCUUGUUUAUUGUGACAGUCAUCGUAACGACCAAGCGUUUCAUUUUCUCUGGAUAUUGCAGUUUUUUUUUUUUUUUUUUUUAAUUAUGGAUUCACGAACAGAACAUCCUUCAGCGGAAGGUCGUGAAGAUGAGCACCCCCAUGAGAAGACGUCGAUGUUUAAGAAGGUAAAGGCAAAGGCGAAGAGAAUGAAGGAUACGCUCAAGAAGCAUGGCCAAGGUCCCGACCAAGAUCAUCAUGAAAAUCAUCCUGACGAGCGCCUUAUCCCUGAUGAUCAUGAUCUAGAUAAGGAAGAUGAUGAGGAUGAGGAAAUGGUUGAGGAUCCCGAAGUUCAUCCCCGAACAGAGACUGAGAAUUCAGGGAAAUCCAAGCUCGAUUUUGGGAGGUUAGGAGCCACGAGGGAAGACGCUCCAUCCCCAGGAGAGAGACACGAGAGCAAAAUAAUCAAGCCAAUUAAGGGCAUUGAGCCAAAUACAGAUCAACCCAUUUCCAAAUUUGGAAACCCAAUAGUCAGUGGGGAAAAACCUCACGCGCCGCAAAAUACUCCUGUAUCACGUCCACCUGGAGAUUAUGGGACUAAAGCCACUGACCCAACUAAAACCUCUCUUCUUGGCGAACGAGGAGGUACGGGACAACCUAAAGUCAAUUUGGAAAGACCGAUGGGCUUGGAGGAGGAUCGUCACGCGCCUAAGGACAGAUCUGAACCCCACAAUCCUGCAAAUUAUCGGACCAAAGUCACUGAUCCCAAGGGCACAGGCGGAGAGGAGGCAGGAAUCGACCCAAUUCUUCAGUCGUUUGAAAAAAUGAAAGUACACGAUGAACAGAGUCCAAAACCAACUGGACCAGACGAUAACUCACCUACUACGAUAAGACAACAGUCUACCAAAUCACCUACCAGGAGCCCUGACCAGUUCUCUCCAGAGACAGUUCCUCCGGAGGUCAAAAUCGUCCGAGACAAAUCUCAACUCCCGCAUAGUUUUGACGCCACCAAACUGCCCGGUGACUCUGAGCCAAUGAACCAGAGGAGUUCCACUGAGGAAGUCUCACCUGCCACAUCCACCAUUUUUGACAAAGCAAUCUCUGCGAAGAAUGCUGUUGCUUCAAAGAUCGGAUACGGUGAACCGAAGCCAAAACCAACUGGACCAGACGAUAACUCACCUACUACGAUAACAAAACUGCCGGAUGGCUCUCGCGAUAUAUCUGAGGAGCCAAUGAACCAGAGGACUUCCACUGAGGAAGUCUCACCUGCCACAUCCACCAUUUUUGACAAAGCAAUCUCUGCGAAGAAUGUUGUUGCUUCAAAGAUCGGAUACGGUGAACAGAGUCCAAAACCAACUGGACCAGACGAUGACUCACCUACUACGAAAACAAAACUGCCCGGUGACUCGCGCGAUAUAUCUGAGGAGCCAAUGAACCAGAGGAGUUCUACUGAGGAAGUCUCACCUGCCACAUCUACCAUUUUUGACAAAGCAAUCUCUGCGAAGAAUGCUGUUGCUUCAAAGAUCGGAUACGGUGAACAGAGUCCAAAAAAACAAACUGGACCAGACGAUGACUCACCUACUACGAAAACAAAACUGCCGGAUGACUCGCGCGAUAUAUCUGAGGAGCCAAUGAACCAGAGGAGUUCCACUGAGAAAGUCUCACCUGCCACAUCCACCAUUGCUGACAAAGCAAUCUUUGCGAAGAAUGCUGUUGCUUCAAAGAUCGGAUACGGUGAACCGAAGCCAAAACCAACUGGACCAGACGAUGACUCACCUACUACGAAAACAAAACUGCCGGAUGACUCGCGCGAUAUAUCUGAGGAGCCAAUGAACCAGAGGAGUUCCACUGAGGAAGUCUCGCCUGCCACAUCCACCAUUGCUGACAAAGCAAUAUCUGCGAAGAAUGCUGUUGCUUCAAAGCUUGGAUACGGAGAUAAGGAUAUGACAUCCGGGACUGAAGUCCGCCAGAGUGGAGAUAAUGCCAAGUCUUCACCAGCGGAAUAUGGGAAGAAAAUUGCUGCGACGGAGACUGAGAACCAAAACCCAGUAUACGAAAAGCCUGCUUCAAAAGUGCAUGGCACUGGCAUUACUGACACUGACCUUGGUAUUGGCAAUGAAUCCCGGAGUUCGGACGUUAAAGGACAAGACAAAGGAGUGUCAGUGAAAGACUAUUUUAUGGAGAAGUCCAGGCCUGGCGAUGAGGACAGGGCGUUAGCUGAGGUGAUCUCGGAUACUUUACACAAGCCCAACGAAAAGCCAGGGGAAGGAGAGAUGCGGCCUAUGGGCAAGGUGACCGAGUCAGAGGAGGUGGCAAGGCAGUUGGGCACUAAGGAAGACAAUUCUUGCCAAGGGAUGCAAUCGAGCGACGUAAAUAAUAGCCAGGAGAAGGGUGUGGUGGAUAAGUUUAAAGGUGCUGUCGGUUCAUGGUUUGGGCUUGGGGGAGAAUCUCAGCCCCAAGUUUCUCCACAACCCCAUGAUGGUUCCUCGUAUGGCGAUGAGGUUAUUUCCCGUUCUGCUAAUGGAGAUGGAGGAAACAGUAGCCCCACAGCAGAUGAGGGAAAAAGACUCAAGGAGAUUUGAUCAGAAGAGUUGGAUCCUUUUUCAAGUCUGUUCUACAUUCAAAUGCGUGGUUUGAUGUUGUGAAUAAAACAGUAAGGCAUGAGAUUUUCUGCUGCUGGUGUGUGUAAUAAUAUGUAGUGAGACUUAAGUUCAUGGAAGAUGCUUGUAACUAUAUUUCCACAUCUAUGCAAAUAUAAAUUGAUUUAA